UGCGUACUGGGUGCCGAGGUUUUUGAAUGCGGAAAAUAUGGAUAACUCAUUUACGAUGGAAGGCCCUUUAAGCAAAUGGACUAAUCUCGUCAAUGGUUGGCAAUACCGUUGGUUUGUGCUUGACAUAAGCCUAGGGGUUUUAUCUUAUUACACGUCUAAAGAGAAGAUGAUGCGGGGCGAUAGACGUGGAUGUGUAAAGUUAAAAAAUGCUCAAGUUGGGAUUGAUGAUGAAGAUGAUAGUACAUUCACCAUAACUGUUGAUCACAAAACAUUUCACUUCCAAGCUCGUAACUCAGAUGAACGUCAAAAGUGGCUAGACGCUUUACAGGAGGCUAGGGAUUUACAUACGCAGAAUUAUGCUCUUCUGAAUCAGACCAAUCGUUUACUGGAACAUCCUUGCAGCCUUUCCGAAUUCGACCGUCGUAUCGUAGAGGCAGAUGCUUUUUUACAAAUUCUCAUAGAUCAACAUGAGCAACUGGUCAGUCAUAUUCCAUCGUCCGAUGAAUGUCGGCCGGAGAUUAUGGGUGCUGUCACUUUUCGGAUGCAAAGGCUUAUCGAACUGGUGAAAAAGACAAUUGUAUGCCUCCAGUUUGCCAGAGGUUCAGUCAAUAGUUCAUAUCGUAUACCGAUUACUAUGAAUGACAACAUUGUUUCUGAUGCAGUUGACAUUCCGCAGACUUUACAAUUCGAUACGUCUAUAUCAAGCAGUGCUUUCUCUACAUUGAAAGUGAAAGAUUAUGAUUUAAAAGUACAUGAGAUAAAUCAUACAUUUAUGAACCUUCAAAGUGGUGAAGGUGAUGGUGAAAAUCCAUUCACUUCUUGUCAAGAGUCCUUAUCUAAUGCUUCCCCUAUUAUAACACAGAAACCUUCCAGAAAACAUUGUACUCGUAAUUCUCGACGUUUGGAAAAAAGCAAAUUACAGAAGCGGCCAUCUUCUACUACAGAAUCAUCCAUCGAAUCCCAUUCAAUACGUUCACAUCCUGAGCAGCUAGCUACUAUUUCUUCAUCACUCCCUAAUGAUACUGUGAUUGUGAAAAGAUGCUUUGAUGCAUUAGAUUCACCCUCUUCUAAUUAUCCACCAUUGUCCAUCCCAAGAAUGCCAGUUAGGUCUUAUUCUUCUUCAGAUGAUGAUCAGGCUCAAUUGGAUCAAGAAGAAGAGGAUGAAGAAUUCUUUGAUACUCAAGAAGAUAUUUCUGUCAACUGCGCAAUAACAAAUUCUCCACAACCUGUCAAGGAUAAUACAAUUCUAAGCAUGCAUUCAAAUCCAACUGUGCCUAUAACGAAAUCUGGUCGUUAUCGUUCAAGUCAGUCAUCAUCAAAUAAUCAGACGAAUUCGUCUUUGGAUGAUACCUUCGACGAAUUGUAUGAUGAUGAAAAGGAAGAAGAGUUAGGUUCUGUACAAUCUCACGGUUCUGUGAUAACACAUCUUCUUUCUCAGCUUCGGAUCGGAAUGGAUUUAACUAGAAUCACUUUGCCCACAUUCAUUCUCGAACGUCGUUCUACACUGGAAAUGUAUGCAGACUUUUUAGCACAUGCUGAUUUAUGGGCUGUUAUUCCUAAUGCAUCAACGCCUCGUGAUCGUAUGGUUGCUUGUCUUCGGUGGUAUUUGUCUGCAUUCCAUGCUGGCAGACGAUCGUCAGUUGCUAAGAAACCUUACAAUCCUACAUUAGGUGAAAUAUUUCGCUGUUAUUGGCCUUUAUCUACAGAGAGUGGAGAUGAUUCGAUAAAUGCAUCAGAAAAACCACAGGAAAAAUUAUAUAAUUCUGGUCCUGUUCCUUGGGCGCCUCACAAUUCCGUAGUCUUCUUAGCAGAACAGGUCUCACACCAUCCUCCUAUAUCCGCCUUUUAUGCUGAACAUGUUAAUAAUCAAAUAGCUGUAGAUGGACACUUGUGGACUAAAUCAAAAUUUCUUGGUCUAAGUAUAGCUGUAGAAAUGGUUGGUUCAGCUGUCAUAUCAUUACUAAGUCGUGAUGAAGAAUAUGUGGUUACGUUUCCAUGUGGAUAUGGCAGAAACAUUCUCACUGUUCCAUGGAUUGAAUUGGGUGGGAAAACUAGCAUCACAUGCUUAAAAACUGGCUAUAUAGCUAAUAUCGAGUUUCGAACAAAACCUUUUUAUGGUGGUAAACGAGAUACUUUACGUGCUGAGGUUUUUGGACCUAAUGAUAAGAAGGCUUUUCUUAUUGUUGAAGGUGAAUGGAAUGAUAAGAUGUUAGCGAAGUGGCCUCAUGGUAAAAAUGAGAUAUUCAUUGAUACCCGUAACCUACCAACUGUAAGAAAACAUGUCCUUCCUCGAUCUCGCCAAGAAGAAAAUGAAUCAAGACGGUACGUUAAUGUGAUUUCGUUUGUUAGUUUAUCUGUUAUGGUAAUUGAUAUAUAUAGUAUUAGUAGGGAAUUUCGCAUAACAUGCAUUUACUUUUUGCUGUUCGUAAAGUAAGUUAGAAUAUGGAGAUUAAAUACUGUCUCUAGGAAACAUAUUAAUAAAAUAGUUACUAAUGUAGUGCUCAACACGUUCAUUGUCGUCUGAAUAAUUUUAAACUUUCCUAUUUUAUAAAACUGGGAAACAUAUGUUAUGGAAACUAUUCUUCAUUUAAUUUAUCAUAAUUCACCUAACUGUUCUUCGUCAUUCUAAAAAUUUCUCAGUUGAUUACUGUUAUAACUUGUGAACCUGUGUACCCUGUUUAUUGUACAACACAACGAUUCCGACAAUCAGAGAGCAGCGAACUACCAACCGGACAACUGACUCAUAAGACACGUGCGAGCAGCCUAGGGUCCUGAUUGGUCUUGCUUUCCGCCUAGCCCAGCCAGUUGAGUCCAGAACGCCAAUCUCAGCCUCUGCAAUAUGAAUCAUUUAUUUCAAACAUACUAAGUUCAUAUACCAAUCAAACAAACCACAACGUACCAUAAAAUAGAAAAUAACAUUUGUACAAUAUUUGGCCAAGAGUGGCUGUUAAUGUGGGAGGUAGUGAUUAACAUACAGGGAAUAAUUCAAGAAUGGUAAAUGGUAUAAUAAUAGUUCAUAGGUCAAAAUAAAACUCAUAAUAAGAGGGACAUGAAUAUGGACAGUCUAGUUACAUAACAAUUACACGAUAAAAAUACACUCAUAGUAAUGGUCCAUAAAUGGAUCCCAAAAAUUACCAUUCAUUAUUCUUAUCGGGAUAUAACAAUUACAGUUAGUUAUUAUCUGGCUAACUUAUUAUUUAUCUUCUUAACUCUUUCUGCUUGCUUAUUUUGUUAUUACAUUCACUAGUGUUUCAUAGUGUGGCAACUUGUAACCUACGUAUUCUGACGGAUGAUGUUAUUAUCUGAUUCUUAUCAUUCAUCAUUAUUUAGUUUUAUGUUAUUUUCAAGAUUUUUUCGAUACUCAAUCAACUUGAAGAGAUAAUCGAAGGGCUUUGUGCUAUCUUUAGUUUCUUCUAGUAGGUUGUAUGAUUUGUUGCUUUUUCUUUUAAACCUUGACUGUUGAGAUCGUGGAAGCGUUCCUGCCGUUCACGACAGAAUUUGUUACUAAUGAUUUCAGUAUAAAAGCGUUUAAUCUUUUAUAUCAUAACUUCAGCAUAACAUAAAGUAAGGUUUCUUUGAAACAUGUAAACAUAUUUUUCAUUCAGCAUACAGUUUGUUGAGAAAUAAAGACAAUAAAUAAUAUUUGAUAGGAUUUCGGUCAUCUAGUUACAUGUUGUCAUGUAUAAACUAACAAUAUGAGUGGAUUAGUGAUUUUCUGUAAAUGACGACGUUAAUCAGUGAACGGAUAGUUAGUCUAUCAAAAUUAUGAAAUCGAUGAGUUCAGCUACACAAAUGUCUUUUAUAUGUUUAGUUAUCUUCUGUUAUGAUUGAUUCCGUUACCUAUACAUAAGUACACGGCUACCCGGAUGAAAUUUUAUAAGUUAGUCAAGAAGCUUUUUUAUAUUACUUUGCUAUUUUGUAAUGAAUCGUAAAGUAUUCAGUACAGUAGGUUGGGAGGAAUUACUUUAUUCAAUGUACAUUUCCUAAAUUCUUUUCAACAUGUGUGUAGAUUGUGGGAGGAAGUGACAUAUAAUUUAAAAGUGGGUAAUAUCGAUGCAGCAUCAGAUGCUAAACAUCGUUUGGAACAGCGACAACGAGAUUUAGCUCGACAGAGAAGAGACUCAAAACAUACAUGGACACCAAAAUACUUUCGUGAAGAGGGAGAAAACUGGAUUUAUAGACAUCCUUUAAUUCAACGCCUACAUCAAUCACUCAAUCAAAAUAGUUCUCCCACUGAACCACGAGCAAUCUCCAAAAAUACGAAUUUAGCAUGUUCACCGGAUAUAGUUGUUAAUCCAGUUUCUUGCAACAACUCAAUAACCGAUUCUCCUCAGAUAGUCCAUGCUACUACAACUAAUUCUUCAAUCCCUGUAAUUGAAUAUUUCCCCAGUCCAUAGUUUAUAACUUCAUAUGAUUUUUAGAAAUUACAGUUUUUUUCCGGUUUAUCACAAUUAAUGUAAAGCUCGACAAUAAUAUUUGUUUUGCUCAAAGUGGAGAUAAUAUGUAUUUUUAAGAUCUUUUUCCCUUUAAUAUCUUUUUUUUCACAUUUCAUUGUCUUUGUUCUCCGCACUUAUUUGUGUUUCUUUCAAAACCAGUUUCAUGGACGAUUUUGAAUGCACAUUUCUCUAGUGGUUUUACACAUCCUCUCUCCUCUAUCUAUAAUUUCUUAAAUGGUGCUCGGAUUGAUUACAUAUUCAUUCCAUAAUAAUCAUAAUGCAAACGAUAUUAUCCCCCUUUUGGUUCUCUAUUCAUCUCGCUUUUUUUCUGUUAUAUUUCACUUCUAACAUUCAAUUCUGUUAUUUAUUGUUUGCUUCUCUAGUUUGAUUUUUGUUUUGAAACUUUUAUUAAAAUGGAUGCAUUGUACUACCAUGUUUUUCUUUCCCAUUUACUUUCAUCGUUUUUUUCCUUUUAAGCUUCCUAUAACUUGUUCGCUUGUUUGUUACUUUCCUUCUGUACAAAGAAAGUCAGCAAGAUGUAUUAAAUGCUCUGACCGUAGAAUAGUUACAUGUGUGUGUAAACAAGGGUCCUACUAUUUCUCUGUAUGAUCAUAUUUGUUAUGUACUAUAUAAUUUGUGUUAACCUGUCGAGGUCGAUAACUAUUUUCAGUAUUUAAACUUUUCGAAUGUUUGAUUCUAUUUUUGCUAACUCAUCGUUUUCUGAAAAAUCGGAGUUACAGCCGUUACUAUUGUUUUCCAUUUUAAAUAUAGCUGUUUACAGAGAUAUGACUCCACUCGGCUUAUAUCAAGUAUAAUAUAGAUAUAUUCUGCUUUGUCUCAAUAAACACUGUAAGAGU